UUUUUAAAUUGUGUUAGCAUGUUACAUAAGUUUUAUAAAUUGUGUUAGCAUGUUAUAUAAGUUUUAUAAAUUGUGUUAGCAUGUGUUAUAAGUUUUAUAAAUUGUGUUAGCAUGUUAUAUAAGUUUUUUAAAUUGUGUUAGCAUGUUACAUAAGUUUUAUAAAUGGUGUUAGCAUGUUAUAUAAGUUUUAUAAAUUGUGUUAGCAUGUUAUAUAAGUUUUAUAAAUUGUGUUAUACAACACAAUGUGUUAGCAUGUGAUAUGUAGAUACCUGAGCCUCAGAGGGUUUUUGUUUCUGUUGAUCUGUUGGUAUGUUGCCCUGAAACACAUUCUGCUAAUCAGCAUAAUUCUCACUUGUUUACUGGUUUGACUUGCGGCAGAACACUUGUGUCAAACAAAAAAAACAUGCUCAUAAAUCAGGAGUGCUCAGGAUGGUGAGCCGCAUGUGGUGGGUAGAUCAGCAACUCCUCCUAGAUUAAGGAACCCACCACCUGAGGCACAGUCUCAAGUUGCAUGAGGAAGCAGCAUUUAAGAGAAUGGACCCUGUUUUUUUGCAUAACCUGGCUUGUCUCAUUCCCUUCGGUAAUGUAUAGUAACGUUCAUUCUCUCUUUCUCCCUCCCUUUCCCUCUUUCUUUCUAUCUAUCACUUCCUUGCCGGUAUAGCUCAAAAAAAAAAAAAAAAAUGCAGUCACUUCCUCGUUCGGGGAGAUAACAGCAGAGUGGAGCUGAAGCGAGUUCAGUGUGAGACGUGACUCCAACCGCCAGACAAGCCUGCACAGGCAGCAGCCAGAGGGAGCCGAAGCGGCUGCACAUCACUGUUCCUUCACUUGACUGGGGUCGCCUCGUCAACAUUGGUCAACCAGCAGCACCCACCCACCCACCACCAACGGACCACGCCCUCGCUCCCUCAGGACCUAAAGCCUCCGUCAACUGUUCCAAAACUGACAGCUCCGUCAUGGAAACAGUCAUGUGUUAGAGAAGGGGGACAGACGACCGAGAGGAUUCCCCCAGUGAGCGAGAAGAGAGAGAGAGAGAGAGAGAGAGAGAGAAAGAAAGAGUGAGAGAAAAGCUGAGCGGAGGCAAAAGUUGCUAUCACAGGAGCAGUAUUGGCAUCAAAGCAGGACCUGGCACCCAUACAACACAUGGGUUAAACACCCACAGGAGUACUACAGAGUGACUGUACCUCUACACUACACACACACACACACACAAGUAAACACACACACCUAAGGACUUAAUCAGCGAACACACACAUAAGCUGACUGAAACUGAGACAAACCAUACUGUUAGAGAAACACAGACACACACACACACACGCAGGCUGCCAUGGAUCGGCAGCAGAGCAAAGUGGAGCGUUUUCUGAAGCUGGGUUACUCCCACGCUGACAUCUUGCGGGUGCUGGACAGCCUCCGCCAUGACGCCCAGACCAAUGACAUCCUGGAGGAGCUCAUCAAAACCUGCCACAAGAGUACCAGCACCAGCCAAGCGUACAGCGCCGCGGGCAGCAGCCACUCCCGGACCAACGGGCAUCACAUGGGCACUGCCAAGACCUCCAGAGGCUCCAGCAGCAGCCCGCAGCUGGUGGCCAGAGGGUGCAGCCCUCCUCGGACGGUGUCACCGUCACACAGCCCCACGCCGGUGGACCGGAACCACGUCAGCAACUUCAGACCGGUAGUCAUCGACGGGAGCAAUGUGGCCAUGAGCCAUGGGAACAAACAGGUGUUUUCAUGUCGUGGGGUGCAGUUGGCUGUGCAGUGGUUUUGGGAUCGAGGCAUGCGGGACAUCACCGUGUUUAUACCCUUGUGGAGGAAGGAGCAGCCGCGACCUGAGACACCUAUUACAGAUCAACAUAUCCUAACUGAACUGGAACGGAAAAAGAUCCUUGUGUUCACGCCAUCACGCUGUAUCAAUGGCAAGCGGAUCGUGUGCUAUGACGACCGCUACAUUGUCAACCUGGCCUUCGAAUCAGACGGCAUCAUCGUGUCCAACGACAAUUACCGAGAUCUGCAGAUUGAAAAGCCACAGUGGAAGAAGUUCAUUGAGGAGCGCUUGCUAAUGUACACGUUUGCUAAUGACACGUUUAUGCCACCUGAGGAUCCACUUGGAAGGAAUGGGCCACCGCUUGAAAACUUUUUAAGGAAAAGGCCAACCGUGCCUGAAAACAAGCAGCAGCCCUGUCCCUAUGGGAAGAAGUGCACUUAUGGGGUGAAGUGCAAGUACUACCACCCAGAGCGUGCCGACCAGUCACAGCUGUCUGUGGCAGACGAGUUGAGAGCGAAGAGCAAGUCGGCCAUCGAGCAAGAACAGGCCCUGCACCAGGCCUCCAGCACCUCCUCGAACCUCCACCUUUACACGUCGGCUCUCAGCGACACAGGCCUGGCCGGCUACUCCCGCCCUGGGUACUUCCCCAGCAUAGUGCCUUGCAUGGGCCAAGAGGACCGGAGCUCCCCAGUGCUGCGCUCCAACAGCCCCAGAGGCACAGGAAGCCCAGCCCACCUGAACGGCUCGCUGCCCCCCUACGGCGGCUUCAGCUCAGACAGCGACCCAGGCUUCUGCUCCCUGGAGGCGUCCAUGUCGAGGAUGUUCAUGCAGGAGUCGCCGCAGCAGCUCGAGGGCCAGCAGGGCCGGUCUCUGGCCUUCAGCAGCGGAGUGGCCGGCUCCAGCCACGGCAGCGGAGACUUCUACUUGUCUGGCGACCCAAGGAAGGCCACCGAGGUCGGGGAGCACCUUGAGCAUUCACACAACACCGGUCUGGGCCUGCACAAGCCCGAGUGCUGCUACACUCCCAUGAUGCCACACUCUCACGGGACGUGCGGUCACGCUCACAUGGGCGCACCUGUAGCCCGCGGCCAGUGUUUGUACUGCCAGCCACAUCCCCACGGGCACACGCCAGCGCCAUCACACGGCCACUGCAGCGUCCGUUUCCACAGUCACGGGCCCCCCAUGGAGGAAGCACACCACCAGAGGCCGUACCGGGGUCAUAGGUCACUUGAGUUUGGAUGGGGUCAGACGCAGGCGGAGGUGGCUGCAGUGGGUAGACGCUCCAACUCCUCCUCCAGUGACAGGAGGGAGAUCAGGGCACAGCUGAGCACCAUUUUCCCGCAGAGCUCUGUUGAGCAGGUCAUGGGCCUCUACCCGCACGUCCACGACUUGGCCGAACUGGUGGCACUGAUACAGAAGUUCAAAACUAGCUUCUGAGAUGUCUUCUAUCAAACGCCUUUCCCUCUCUCGCAUCUGGACUCUCAGACGGAUGUUUCUUUCUCAGGUUUGUCUACGUGCUGUUUACAAUUUCAAAAACCAUAGUGCCCUUAAAGGCUCCUCCUGACCUUUGAACUCUGAAAGUCAUUCACUGUCAUUUCCUUUAUCCUGCUCAUUUUGAAAGCAGUUUUUUCUAUUUAGACCGUCCACACCGAAUGUGUUUUUUUUCAAUGUGAAUGUGCCAUGCACUUUAAAAAAAAAGUAAGGGGCAAUUAUGGCAGUAAACCCUGUUGGUUAUGUAAAAGCAUUAAUGAACUACUGUGUCAAAGCAACACAAUUGUUGUUUUUAGUUCCGUAGCCCCGAUGUGGGGAUUGCCAAAGCAUGUCACUGCCAUGAAACAGGUUGUUGAAUGGAAGAUUCACUGACAAUAAACAUGCAAUUGUUGAAAUUUA